UAAACGUUUCGGUUUUUGGGUUUCGGUUUUGGUUUUUGGCUUUGCUUGGCUUCUUGCUGGAUGAAUGAUGAAUGCCAGCGGCUAGACGGAGUGUAUACGCAAGUUCCACAGGGAGCAGACCAGCAGUUUGUUGAGCCUUUGAUCAGGAUAGGAUAGGAUUGUUUUUAGUCAACAGAAUCUUUCCAAGAGGAGAGGGAGAGCUAGGAGAGAGCCAGAGCCAGCUAUGGCCACCACAACGAUCGGCGGUGUGGGCAUGGGAGUGGCAGCCACUGGUGCCGUUCGCCGGCCCACAGCUCGGGCCACCGCGGGCAUCCAGCGACGCCGAGUGGUCAAGAAGCACAUCCAACAGAAGUACAUGCUCUGCGGCUUUGCCAUUCACGCUUUCCUGGCCACACCCGCCUACCUCUAUGGCAACGUGGUGGAGUCCGACAAGGAUCUGGUGCUUAGGAUCUGGCCAGCCAUUGUUUACCAGGCCACCGGGGAGCUAUGUCGCUCCAUUAUGGAGCAUUUGGACACUGAAUAUAGCGGCAGAUCACGAGAGACCACACAAUAUCGCAGGGUCUUCCUGCUGGCCACACUUAUUGCCUGCGUCUCGCUAAUGGUGUCCGGCAUACUGUUCUCCUCCGCCUGGAUAGUGGUUACCACCACCACCCAAGUGGUGGCUAUUGUCUUCUACGGCUGCUUUGCAGGCAUUGGCUCUAGCUUAUACCUAUGGAAGACCCAUGUCAUCCUGGAGGCAGUGCGUCCGCGGGAGGACAAGUAUGUGCGGAAGACGAUCCAUCUGUGCGGCGAGGCCUUCUGCCAGCUGUUCCUCUCGUUCGUCUUCACCAGCCUCCGGACACUGUAUGGCACUGCUCAGUCAAUUGUCCUCAUGUCCGCUCUCUUGGUGAAUCUCAUACCGCUCAGUCUGAUCAUUACCAAGCAUCGGGAGGAUGCCUUUACCACAAAACGCAUCUCAGUGAUUAAGGCGGAGACGGGCUUUGCGGCUUUACCGCUGAGAGCCGCUCUGGCGGCCAAUUUGGUGGCAGAUCAACUGGAUGGUUUGGAUAUGCUUGCAUGGCGAAAUCCGGCCACCGAAAUUGGCGCCCUGACGACAACGCCGGGCGCAGCCGUGGCCGCCGCCGUGGUGGAUACACACAGCAACUAUAUGCUGGCCACCGAUGAGGCCUAUGUGACAUAUGUGAAUCCCAAUGGUGUGGAAAUCAUGGAGAUCAUACCCGAGGAGGACGAAACAGUGUCCAUGAUGCGAUCGAGUAAUGCCACGAUAGACAACUACGGCAUGUCUGCCUCGCAGACCUCACACAAGUCUCUGUCCAAUGGACGUCUGUAUCCGUUGACGCCGCUAAGUCCGACGGCCACUGGAGCGGGAACCGGCAGCUCCUCGCCCCUGCCGCCCGACCAUGAAAAUCUGCAUCGUAUACGUCGUAUGUCGCGAGCGGUUACCUCGCAUUUGUGGUGGAAUCUGCUGGACAAGAUCGCCAUGCCGCUGCAGCAGGCAUUGCUAGUGCCACAGCUGUAUGCCACCACGCUUCUACUCUCAGCGGACAUAUUUAGCUAUGUGAUGUGCCUGACGGUGCUACCGGGUCUGGCCGUUAGCCACCAUGCGCUAAAGAACGCCGAGAUACCAUUCCUCUUCUCGCUGCUGGCCUUUCCCUGGAUGUGCUUCUCGCUAAUGACGCCACGCUUUGGUACGAGCCUGUACAAGCGCAAGCUACAGUGGCACACACUGGGCAGCCUCUGCAAAUGCCUGGCUUUAAUCUUCAUUAGUUUCUCCACGUCAAAGCUGUUGCUCAGCGUAUCCGCCGUCCUGCUGGGCUUUGGCCAGGUGGUUACCGCCUUUCUGCAGGAGCUUGUCUUUCAGAUGGGCAUGACGCGGGCCAACUGGACAGCCAUCCGGCGACCCGUGCACUUUACCAACGGUCUGCUUGUGCUCCUCUGGGGCGCCCUCGCCCAUUGGGUGGUGGAGCGGUACUCGUUUCAGGCCACCGUUGGCCUUGCCGGUGCCCUCUACGGAAUAAGCUCGUUGUUGUGGAACUUCCUCUUCUUCUGCUGCCAGGGCAAAGAUUAGGGCGCGUCGCGAUCUCAUGCUCUGGAGGAUCGGAACUUAGGUGAAGGGGAUCCUAGUCUGUCUAUUGUUUGUUGUUGAUCUUAAUGUUGUCGGCG